CAGAGGAUGAUGCAUACAAAACAUAACCUAAAAGUUGAGAAUUGAAUUUUGUCGUUAGAGUGUAAUUUAUUUUUUAAAAUGUCACUUAAAAGAAAAUUAACGCAAGAUGACUUGCGUAAAGCUAUGAAUGAACAUAAGAAGAAAUUAGGUGCAGUGAAAAAAAUUGAAUCACCGUUAGCUAAAUAUACAGAUGCAGGACAGCUUAUGUGCAUUUUAUGCAACAUUAUCAUACGUAGUGAGGCAGUUUGGCCAGUACACUUAAAUUCAAAAUCACACAAGGAAAGUAUUGCACUAGCAAAAAAGACAAAGUUGGAAACAGAUACUUCAAAAGUUCAGACAUUCAAAAGACCUUCAUCCCCUUCACAAGAAGCAUCAGCAAAUAAAAAGAUAAAGGGUAUAUUAAAAAAUUCAACAACACAAUCUGCACAAGUACUGUCAAAUUUACCACCAGACUUCUUUGAUAAUUCUUCUAAACCAUCUAAUGGUACAAUACCAUUAAGCACUUCUGUGAUAGUAAAAGUGUCAGAGAAUGAUAAAGAACUUGUACAUGAGAAAGAUGUGAAAAGUACAGAAAAUGAGGAGGAGAAAGAGAAAGAAAAAAGCAAAGACAUAACUCAACCAGCUCUUCCAGAAGGAUUUUUUGACGAUCCAAUUUUAGAUGCUAAAGUCCGUAAUGUUGAAUAUAAAAAUCCUAUAGAAGAAGAAUGGGAGAAGUUCCAAAAAGAGAUCAAAGAGGAGACUGCACAGUCUGCACAAAUUAUUGCAGAUGAUCAAGAAGAAGCAACAACAGAAAGACAAUUAGAUGAAAUAGAGGAACAAAUCAGGCAUUGGUCUAGAGUAAUGGAUCUAGUAAAACGUAAGGAACAAGUGCAAGCGACAGACAGGAAGCAAAAGAAUGCGGACGAGGAUGUUUCUAGCGGAGACGAGGCUGAAUUCGACGAAUUUCUCGAUUGGAGAGCCAAAAAUUCAUACAAAUAG